GAUUCUAAAUGUUCAGAUUUACAAAUUAUAUUUGUUUUGUUAAACUAUUUCAAUUACAUGAAUAUAAUUUAGCUUUAGAACUCAUAAGUAAUUACAAAUAGACCUGGAAAUCAAUAAUACACAAUGAAGUAGAGGAAAAUUAAUAAAUUAAUCAUUACUGGAAACUACACGUUUUUCAUUAUAUAAAUACUUAUGUUACAUAUAUGUCCAUGAGCCUUCAUUAGUUACGUAAGAAAAUAUAUUUUUAAAAAUAUUUUUUCAUAAAUCUUCAUAGAAAAAUAUAAAUCUAUGGAGUUUCAAUAUAUUUAUUAAUGUUUUUCUUGCCAUUAAAUUUAUUUUAAUCUAAUAUAAUAUUUAAACAAAAAUUCCUCACAUUAAAUAAUGUGUAUCAUAGACAUGGAUACUAUAAAAAUGGUACUCGUUGUAUUAUUAAGAAUUAAUAAAUAUAUUGUAUGGUACUCGUAUACGAAUUCAAAGUUAAUUUUUCUUAUCCAUAAUAGAUAAUGUGAUUUUUUUUAUCAUCAUACUUGUAAGACUUAACCCAUCCUAACUUUUAUGUAUAAAAGCAAUGUUAAAUUAUUUUAUGUUUUUGAAUUUUUAUUUUUAGGCUAUUAUUUAUUUAUUUGGACGCUAAUUAGGAAAACACAUUUAUUUCUGGUUAGAAUUUGGUCUUCAGAUCGUUGAACUUUGAUAUUAUAUGUUUUGAAAUUAUGCAUGACCCCAAUUUACUGUGAUCUUAUGAAAUCAAAGAUGUAGGCCAAGUGCGGAUUCCUUCUAUCUUUUGAAUCUCCUAACAUUGUUUACUGUUGUGCAAGAUCGCUUAUACUUCCAAUUGAAACGACCAUGAACACAAUAAACUUUUAAUCAAAUGCAUGAUUGAACUCAAUAUUUUGUUUAUGAGGAAGUGUGGUAUAGGUUUGAAAGUAUUGGUUAGAGAUGUAUGAAUGUGGUAAAUGAUGUUGGAGUUGUUGUUGUUGUAUGAGGGAACAUUUAAGUUGUUUUGAUCCUCAUCAUUAUUAAAAGACUCUGAAGAUGGUGAAGAAAUUUCUACAUAUUCAUUUCAAAGUAAAUAAAAAAGUAAUGGUGAUGCGUUUUCAUGGUUGAGGGAAAAAAUUUAAUGUGGAUGGACAGUUAGAAGUGGGAUGUUUGUAAAUAUGUGUCAUCACGAUAUUGUCACAGCAAAAAAAAAAUCACUGCUUUAGAACAACUAACGAUCUCAUCAUCAUAAUACAUGAUUGUUCAUUUGGAAAAAUUCAUUUUAAAAUGAAAAAGCAAGAAAAAUUGUUAAACUUUACAGAGUUAAGGAGAAAGCAGAACUAUGAAAUUAGGAGAAAUUGGAGUGACAAGUUAUGGAAAGGUAAAUGUUAUAUGGUUAUGAGAGUGACAUGAGAGUUUAUGUAGUCAUGUAAGAGACACAAGACUUUAAGUAGUUAUGUGAGUGAUAUGAGGGCUUAGGUAGUAAUGUGAAUGACACGAUGAGGUUGGGUAGUCAUGUGGCUGACCCAAAAAGUUAUGUUAUCAUGUGUCACACGUAGACUUCGACCGCCCAUGUGAAUUGGUGCAUGAUGGUUUAAGCGUUCAUGUGAGUGAUACAAUAUAUUAGGCAUACAUGUGACUGACAUGCCAACUUAGUCUGUCACCCAUGUAAAUUGUAUGACUACCUAACCUUUUGUGCUACUCAUAUAUGACUACCUAAACUUUUGUCACACUCACAUGACUAUCUAAACUCUCGUAUUACUCACAUGACUACCUACAUUUGUGUCAUUCACAUGGUUACUUAAGUUCUCAUUCUACUCACAUAAUUACCCACUAUUGUGUCAUUCUCAUGACUAUAUAAAACCUUCCUUACCAUAACUUACACCAAUUCCUCGUAACUUCAUACUCACUGCCUUCUCUCUUACAUUGUACAAUUUCAUACUUUUUUCUUGUUUUUUAAUGUAAAAUGGAUUAUUCUAUUGAUGCAAUCAUCUUCAAUGAUGGUUGGAUUGUUAAUUGUCAUCAAACGCCAGUUUUCUUCCCCAAUGAGAAUGUCAUGAUGAUUAAUUAUGCUUCAGCAAUUCAAAAAAAGCUUCUACAAAAAUCUUGUUGACCGGCACUUGAACAAGUGUCCACGAUCAUAUACAGAUACUCCAUUCAAAUUUAUGUCGGAGAUGCAUACUACAUUGCAAAUAGGCUUCAAGACGAUUAAUAUUUAAAAGGGCUCAUCGACAUUAAAAUGCAAAACCCAACGUUGGCCGACACUGAGUUAUGCACAAGCUACUAUAGAUGUAUCCCUCCCAUUUAUCCUACUCAAUUUUCAUAAUCUCUCACGGAGAACACAUUUUUCCUUUCUAACACCAUCACACUCACACAUAAUCCACACCACAAACCUUUGAUUUAAACAACACAUAUUUAGGGCUUUGAGAAACUAAUGUACAAUCUUGCACCCAGUUUCUAACUAGUCCAUUCAGAUAAAAUGUUUUUCCCUCGUCCAUGCAAACACAUCAUUACUUUCUUGAUUGCCUGAAAAUGACUGUAGGAAUUCUUUCAACAUCUUUAAAAUCUUUUAGUGAUGAUGAGAAUGACAUCCUCGCAGAACAUGCAUAUGAGAUGAGGAUGACAACAAUUUAGACGUCCUCCUCAUACAACAACACGACCCCAACACCAUUUUUUGCAUUUUCACAUCCCUUUGAAACAAUUUCAAACAUAUACUCCACUUCAUCAUGAACAAAAUACUAAGUUCGGUCAUGCAUUUGACCAUGAGUCGAUGAAACAUCUACUUGGAACAUUAUUCAAGGGAAUGUCGCUCCUAAACAAAGAACAUGUCAACGCGCUCAACAGGUUCCUCAUAAUGAACUACUGUAUCCACACGGUCAUGUAUUCCAAUAUUGCACUCUAGAGAACAAUGUUGGGAUAUUCAAAAGAUUUAAAAGAUAAUAGGAGUCCACACCAACAAACAUCGGAAAACAUCAAUGCAUCAGAAGGACUACAAAGAGAAGAGAAUGACAGUGAACAUCGAGUGAGCGAAGGAAUUGGGGGUGUAGAGGAGGAUAUAAGAACGAAGAAGUGAAGAGCAGUGAAUGAAAAGUGUUCUCUUGUAGAGUUAGUUUGCACUGCAGAUGGAGGGUAGGUUUGCUGAAGAGCUUUAUGCUGAAAGUUUAGAUCUGUCCAAAUUAGAACGCAUGUCGACCAUUGCUGUUGAUGAAAAAGAUAAGUUAAACGAUCGUGGUGGUGGUGAUGAUUUGAGUUUCUGGGAUGAUUCUGAUGACAAGUUGGAUAGUUCGUUGGAUUUGGACAGGGAGUGGCAGAGGAGGCACGACCAAUUCCAUACGAUUGGAUAUCGAGAUGGUCUUAUAGCUGGGAAGGAAGCUUCUGCUCAAGAGGGGUUCAAUUUUGGUUUUAAGCAAUCGGUUCUUGAUGGUUACAGUUGGGGUGUCGUAAGAGGUGUUACCAGUGCUUUUUCUCAUCUUCCACUCCAAUUAAAGGAGAUGUUGAUUCCAACACAAGAAAAGAGGAACGAAUUCCAAGGGCUGUAUAAAUCUGUGCAUUCUUUGUCAACACCAGAUGCCCUUGGAUUGUUUAGUGAAGAAAUGAAAGCACGAGAAGCUUUGGAAGAUAGUGCACAAUCAGAAGUUAGCCAUGACACAGCAGGUUUGCAAGAACAAUAUUCCUAUGGCUCUCAACUGAGAAAUUAUCGUGGACAACUUCAAUCUCUGAUUGGUGAAUCUUUGGCCGUUGGUAUUCAUUUGACCUGAACCAAAAUAAAUGGUGAUCUCUGUAUAUUUGGGAGGCAUAAGCAUAGAAUGAUAAGAGGUUCUUGUGGUACGCAUUUUCCAACUUGAUCGUAAAAACAGAUCAAUUGAUGUAAUUGUUUAGGUUUUAUUAAAAGUUUGCAGUUUUUAUUUUUCUUA